AUGAAACCAAAAAUUGGAAAAGAUACACCAUCUACUUUAACAAUAACGCCAAUGACAAGACGUUUGAGAGCUGGUGGACUAGUUGCAAAAGAAAAAGCUAGCGAGAAACGUAAAGCAAUGGAGAAUAUUGCAGCAAAUGAAUUUUUUAAAUUUGCUGAUGCCUAUACUCCUGAAGAACAUUUUUUCCCAUUACAUGUAAAGCCAUCCGGUGAAUUAUAUUAUAUUCCAGAGAAAAAGGUGAAACAAAUGUUAUACGUUGUAAACAAAUUAAAAAAAUGCUCCCUAGAAUCCAUUGUGAGUGACGUAACAUGGGAGUCAUCUACAACAGAAGGUGAUGAUGAUGAUGACGAAGACCAAUUUAUUUUAGAUUUUAAAACAGAUAAAGUGUUAGCGAAAGCAAAUCAUUGUGAAUUGUUAGCACAUGAAAUUGAACAAUAUUAUUAUACAAAAUCCGGAGAUGGACCUUCUACUUGUAGUCCAAAGUCGGCCGAAGCACCACCCAACAAAACAGAUUAUAAUAAUUUACGUCGGUCGAUAUCAUUGCCAAUAAUUAAAGUUCCAAAAGUGACACGUCGUUUAAAGAAAGUACCAGUGGUUAGUAAAGCUGUGAGCGAUGAUAAUUUAAAUUUGUUUUUAGCAGAUAUUACUCAACAUCGAUUAGUAUACACUCGUUCGAUCGAACAAGUUGAAAAAAAAGAAAUGUUUUUGAAUGUCGAUGAUGAAAUCGAUCCGCAAAUUUUAGAGAGACAUGUUCGUUUUGCAUCGAAUGAAUUAAAAAAAUUUAAAGAACUAGAUUUUAUCGAAGAUGUUAAACCGUCGACAAGUAAAACAAGUGUUGAGACUGAUAGCAAUCGACCCACAUUUUACGAUCUGAUUGAUCAAGAUGUUUCUACCUAUGAUGAAAUUAAUGAUACAAUCUAUAGAGAAAUUAAUGAAGUUAAAGCAUCAAUUUGUGGAACUAAGGAUAAAAUGGGUACAAAAUUUCGCCCUACAAAAGAUGAUUUUCAUAUCACAUUUGAUAAUUACGAUAAGGAAUCGUUGCCGAAUAUCGAAGAAAAAGAAAAAUAUCAUGACUUAUCCCGACCAUCAACUAGUAGUGGAAUCUACCAAAAAGAAAUGGAACCCCUCCCAAUUUCUGAAGAUGAAAGAGAUAUAACGUACGAACAACCAAAAUUUAAUAAAGCUGAACGAUAUUUAUUGGAAAAACUUUUAAAAGAUGAACAUGUUUUGAAUAAAACCAAACAAUUAAUUAAAAUGAAACGUCGCGAGAAACAAGACGAUGAUACGGAGGAGCAAUUAACAGAUGAACAAAUUUUAGACAAAAUUAAAAAUAAACCAAAACGCUUCAAUGUUUAUACAUUACAGAAAUUGCAAACUGAAUUCGAUACUAGUACAAUUGGUGAUGGCAGAAAGGCAAUGGUAACGGAUAGCAAAAAAUCAAAGGUUACUCAGGGUAAACGAACUAUGGCAGCUGAUGCCAGAAAAUCAAUGACAAUACCAUGUUGUGUUAGUAUGAAUCCACCAGAAAUUUUGAGUACCACAGAUGGUUCAGAAAUUGAAAUGAAGAGUUUUACGGAAAAUGAUUCUGAUUCAAUAACAGAUUGCGAAUUAAGUGAUUUUGAUGAAAGUGUUUGUAGGAAAUAUUUGAAAAAAUAUAAGAAAAAGGUACCUAGUAAACAAGCUAAAGCAUCUACAAAAUUAAGUUUCAUUUCUUUAUCAAAUAUUCCAAUUAUUGGGCGUCUUUUUCAAAGAAAAUCUUAA